AUGGCUGCCUCGCGUCGGGCCGUCACUCAAGGGCGCGGCGGCGCGUUCUCCACCGCGGCGGGGCUUCUCCCCGUGCUCGUCCUCGCAUUGCUGCUCCAGGCGCCCUCCGCGUCCGCCCGCCGCUGGUUCUGGAACGACGGACUCUUCCCCGCCACCGCGCUCGCUGCCGCGGAAUCCGGCGGAUCGGGGAGCGCUGCCGCGCCGCCUCCAGCAGUUCCAACGCCAGCCCCGCCGGUGCCGACGACAGCCCCGGCGGCGCCGGCGCCGGCGCCGGCUCCCGCGGUGGAGUCGUGCUACGACUCCGUCCCUGUGGACCGUUUCAUCGCGUCCGGAGCCACGCGCGAUCCGUGUGCUGCGCUGGCGGCGGAGCUGAAGCGUACUGCCGGAGAACUGGGGAACAAGACCGGAGGGCAAGGAUUCGCGGCUCCUUCUCUCUUCCGCGCGUGCCACUCCACGUUCCUGUUCAGGAAGGACUGCGACGUGGAGGACCUUCUAUCGAUCGCGAACGCGUUUGACAAUCACUACGUGUACAAGCACAUCGCCGUUGACUCGCCGGACCAGACCAACCUGCCGAGCAGCAUCGAUAUUGUCGCGGAGCUGCGGAAGAUCGUUGCGAACGCCAAAGCGGGAAAGUACCCGCGGCUGGUGGACGCGCACAUGGCGGCGCGCCGAGCGACCUGGGCGCUCAACGAUGGGCACAGCGUGUUCUUGUCGAGCUGCUUCUUUGGGAGUUACGACUUGCCGUUGCCGCUCAUGGCUGUUGUCGAAAACGGGCAGCAGAUCAUUCGCACUAAUCCUCUCUGUGCUACUCACUUUGCACCUCUCAGAAAUAGCGCUUCGACGGAGGACGUUCAGGUGCCAUGGAUAGCGACUGGUUCUCUGGGUAGCUUCGAGAAUGCCACGGACUACUGGGCGACGUACUGUGCCGUGAAGAAUCCAUCAGGCGGCGCUGCCGCUGGUGGCAGUGGCACUAGCGUGCAGGCAACCACCACACUCGAACAUGCAGACACCCCAGUGAUAGACAAAUUUCUCAAGCGCCACCCUGAUCCAGUCUACUAUGAUGAUGAUGAUGAUACCAACGAUGGCAGCGGCGGCGCACCGGACGGCCUGAAUGUCGACACUGCGCCGUUUUCUGCUGCAGCAGACGGCUCUUCUGGUGCAGUAGCGGGGACGACUGUAACGAGGAUCUCACCCAAGGAUGAGCGUUUCCUGGUGUACCUGGUGGGUGGCAGCACGGCAGUUAUCUGGUUUCAUGCGUUCGCUCCCAACGAGGCAGAGUCAGACGAGUUGAAGCAGGGCAACAACACCGACGAGGAGAAGUACAUGGUGCAGCAGGUCACCAAGGCUCUUCAAACCGCAGCAGCGUCAGUAUUCCUCCCUCGCAGUAUUCCUCCCUCUCAGUUUUCCCCCCUUUCUACCCCCUCCAACCCUCACUCCUUGCCUCAUGCUAUUCACCUCUCCCCACUCCUUGCCUCGUGCUAUUCACCUCUCCCCACUCCUUGCCUCAUGCUAUUCACCUCUCCCCACUCCUUGCCUCAUGCUAUUCACCUCUCCCCACUCCUUGCCUCAUGCUAUUCACCUCUCCCCACUCCUUGCCUCAUGCUAUUCACCUAUCCCCACUCCUUGCCUCAUGCUAUUCACCUCUCCCCACUCCUUGCCUCAUGCUAUUCACCUCUCCCCCCUCCUUGCCUCAUGCUAUUCACCUCUGCCCACUCCUUGCCUCAUGCUAUUCACCUCUGCCCACUCCUUGCCUCAUGCUAUUCACCUCUCCCCACUCCUUGCCUCAUGCUAUUCACCUCUCCCCACUCCCUGCCUCAUGCUAUUCACCUCUCCCCCUCCUUGCCUCAUGCUAUUCACCUCCUUGCCUCAUGCUAUUCACCUCUCCCCACUCCUUGCCUCAUGCUAUGCUAUUCACCUGACAUUUCACUCCUUUUAACAUCAACACUUGCCCAACCUCGGUUCCCUCUUGCUCGUUCCUUCCUUUCCAUCCUCCUCCCCCCUCUAUGCGUUCCCCCAUGUGUUCCCCCAUGUGUUCCCCCAUGUGUUGCCCCAUGUGUUCCCCCAUGUGUUCCCCCAUGUGUUUCCCAUGUGUUCCCCCAUGUGUUUCCCCAUGUGUUCCCCCAUGUGUUCCCCCAUGUGUUCCCCCAUGUGUUCCCCCAUGUGUUCCCCCAUGUGUUUUCCCAUGUGUUCCCCCAUGUGUUCCCCCAUGUGUUCCCCCAUGUGUUCCCCCAUGUGUUCCCCCAUGUGUUCCCCCAUGUGUUCCCCCAUGUGUUCCCCCAUGUGUUCCCCCAUGUGUUCCCCCCAUGUGUUCCCCAUUUGUCCGUUCUCCCAUGCGUUCCCCCAUGCGUUCCCCCAUGCGUCCCCCCAUGCUUCCCCCAUGUGUCCCCCGCAUGCCUCAGCCCACACUCCCUCCCAUGCCUCUCCCCAUGCUUCCCCCAUGUGUCCCCUGCAUGCCUCCCCCCAUGCCUCCCCCCAUGCCUCCCCCCCAUACCUCCCCCCCAUGCUUCCCCCCCAUGCCUCCCCCCCAUGCCUCCCCCCCAUGCCUCCCCCCCAUGCCUCCCCCCCAUGCCUCCCCCCCAUGCCUCCCCCCAUGCCUCCCCCAUGCCUCCCCGCAUGGCUCCCCGCAUGCCUCCCCCCAUGCCUCCCCCCGUGCUUCCCUUUCAGAUCCAACGCCUCGCAGAUCAUCAUAGACGUGCGGGGCAACGAUCCAACGCCACUCAAAUCAUCAUAGACGUGCGGGGCAACGGCGGCGGCUACGUCGUAGCAGCAUUCGCAGCCAUCCGCCUGCUCAUGGGGGCAGCUAAGGUCCCGGACUCGGAGUACAGGAUUCCUGUAGACUUUGUCAUCGGCAACGAGUUCACCGAGAAUGCCAUCACCAUGCUCUCCCUCGACCCUGCAACGCACUACUUCGUUGCAAAUAACGCCGACCUCAACGGGACCGAUUUCACAAGCGCCUUUGACUACGCUCCGUUCCGCAAGCUCCGCUUCACAAAGGCCGGCCGUGCCGGGAACUACUCAGCGCUGUUCAAGAAGAGCGACAAUUUCACCGGGAAUGUAACGCAGCCGGUGUUUGGGGACCGCCCCUUCCUGGUCCUGUCGGACGGAAACUGCUUCUCCUCCUGUGCUAUCCUCACGCACAUCCUGGGGAAACGCCACAAAGUGCCCAUGGUAACCGUGGGUGGUUUGCCCAACCAGCCCCCCGAUGUGAGCUCCUCGUGCCUCGGGUUUACCCUAAGUGACUUCUCUCCGAUGGCAGAGGGACUCAGCCGGCUCAAUGCUAUGGCGCCAUUUCAAGCGUCGAAGCCUCUCAAGGUGAAGGGGUCGAUUGGCAUGGCGUUUACCAACGGGUACGUGGAUUCGGAGAUUCCGUGCGAGUUUGAGUUUCUGCCCAGCCAGCAUCACAUCAACUACACCGUUGAUCUCAUUGACAAGCCCUGGGCCAUUUGGAGUGAGGUGGCCAAGCUCUUUGCCUCCGCUGCAGCCUAA